AGUGGGUAGACAUGGAAACAUAAACCCACUGUUCCUUCUCACCACUUACAACCGCGGCUCGGAUGUGCUGUCCUCUCUCAAAUAGUUUGGCCCCUGCUGGGAAAGUGAUUUCCUGCUCAGAGGGGGCUUGUAACGCUUCAUUUCUCUAAUGUGUUAGUUCUUUCUGCCAAACUCUUGGUGAUUAUCACACACGAGCAUUUCCACCUGCACUUCUGUUGCUGGCCGUGGCGGGCAGCUCUGGGUUCUGUAGGCUUUCCCGAGACCCUCACAUGUACAAGGAAGAGCCGCUGAUGUACUGGUAUUUGAUGCCUGAUCUCAGCUAAAAUUAUUAGUGGGUUUCUAUACAGCGUUUUCCAGCUCAGCAUUUGAUCCUUCGCUUUGGUUUUGUUUAUGGGUGGAACAUUUUCCACAAGUGCUUCUCUGCGUGUGGAAUUACUCUGUUUGCGGAUACUCUCAUUCCAUUUCUCUCUUAACUUAAUAUGCUUUAAGGCACAAUUAACGCUGGGGAAAACUCUCCGUGGGAGGCAUUAUUCAGGACUAGCUAUACUACUCUAUUUAUUUUAUUGUCAUGGGACUUUAAUCUGAGUGAACAUCCAGUUACAGGACAGCCCUUGGUGUAGGUCAGUUAAGCUUUCUAUGAAGUUGUUUUUUAUUUCUACCACCUGCACCCUAGCAUAGGCAUGUUUGUGCCUGGUUGGUGUCUUUAACUUUGCGGUACUGCCAGGAGGUCUUAUGUGAGAAGUUACUUUGUCAAUGUCUGAUUUUAAAAUUGAAUCUUAACUAAAGCCUUGGUUUUUUUUCCAGAUGGGAUGUAGAGUCUAAGCUGCUUCCGGGUGUCCCUCUAAAACAUUUCUUGUUUGUCCACAUAAUUCUCCCGAUGGAAGACCAGCCGGGGUUCCCUUUCUGUGGUUUGUGCUGAAUAGUUGCUUGGAGAGGUGGUGAAUGAGUGAAGAUACGCUCGGUGAUGGUUCAAAUGUGGGAAUUGCCCCGGAUGUGGUUGCUGCUGCUGCUGCCCUGGGAAAAUGCCUUGAUAGGGAAUUAACACCAUUCAGUGAUGGGCUGUGGGACAAGCAAAGUGCUUCCCGAGCCCCCCAAAGAUGUGCAGCUAGACCUGGUUAAAAAAGUCGAACCUUACACGGGCCACAAUGACGUAUACAAGCAUUUCAUCAAAGAUGACUGUGGAACCGUCAUCAAAGCUGGCUCUCCCUCACCUCCGCGUCACGCUAACCCGUAUCCUGGGAACCACCUGCCUGCCCACAUGGACCAGCCUGAACCCCGCAAGAACAAAGUGGCUAAAUACCGUGCCAAAUUUGACCCUAGAGUGACAGCCAAGUAUGACAUUAAAGCCCUGAUCGGGAGAGGGAGUUUUAGCCGCGUUGUACGGGUGGAACACAAAGCUACCAAGCAGCCCUAUGCGAUCAAGAUGAUAGAGACCAAAUACCGGGAGGGGAGGGAAGUGUGCGAGUCGGAGCUUAGUGUGCUACGGCGGGUUCGGCACACCAAUAUCAUCCAGCUUAUCGAGGUGUUUGAGACCCAGGACCGUGUGUACAUGGUGAUGGAAUUGGCGACCGGAGGAGAACUGUUUGAUCGAAUCAUUGCUAAAGGUUCCUUCACCGAGAGAGACGCUACGCGUGUGCUGCAGAUGGUAUUGGAUGGCGUGAAGUACUUGCACACGCUGGGUAUCACGCACCGGGACUUAAAACCGGAGAAUCUGCUGUAUUACCAUCCGGGAACAGAUUCCAAAAUCAUGAUCACGGACUUCGGGCUGGCAAGCGCUCGGAAGAAAGGAGAUGACUGCCUGAUGAAAACCACAUGUGGGACCCCGGAGUACAUUGCUCCUGAGAUCCUGGUCAGGAAGCCAUACACGAACUCUGUGGACAUGUGGGCGCUGGGUGUUAUCUCCUACAUUCUCCUGAGUGGCACUAUGCCCUUUGAAGAUGACAACCGGACCCGCUUGUACCGGCAGAUCCUGAAAGGAAAAUACAGUUACUCAGGCGAGCCCUGGCCCAGUGUGUCCAACCUGGCCAAGGAUUUCAUCGAUCGUCUACUCACGGUGGACCCCAGUGACAGGAUGACAGCCCUUCAGGCCCUGAAGCACCCGUGGGUGGUCAGCAUGGCAGCCUCUUCCUCCAUGAAGAACCUACACCGUUCCAUCUCGCAAAACCUUCUCAAGAGGGCGUCUUCCCGCUGCCAGAGCACCAAGUCUGCGCAGUCCACCCGCUCCAGCCGCUCCACCAAAUCCAACAAGUCACGGCGGGUUCGGGAACGGGAGCUGCGAGAGCUCAACCUGCGCUACCAGCAGCAGUACACUGGCUGAGCUCUGGGCUGGGACCUGCCAGGCGUCUUUCCAGAUGUCUUCUCUGCGGUGUAGGUGUGCAGCACCCUUGGCCGCACGCUCACCCAGUGAGGAACAUCCAGGUUCCUCCCUCCUUCCCUCCAGGUGUUCCCCCCCUCCAUCCAUGAGGAGGUGUGCCCCCCCCCCCCCCCGUGCGGAGGAAAGGGAAUCUCAUGGUGGCCAUCGCACCCUGCGAGCUGUGCCAUGGGGUCUCACGCAGGAAACGGGGGAGCCCUGGGGGGCUCCGAGCCUCAAGUAACAUGCAAAUUAAGGAGCCGUGUGGGGAGAAGAGCUCUUUUGUAGCCUAGGAGCUUGGUUGUUCAUAGUUAUUUAUUAAUUCCAGAGCAUUAAGUUUCUCUCACUUGCAUAUGCAAAAAAAAAAAAAAUCACUUUAAGUGUAUGUACAUGCACGUAUGUGUGUGCACAUACACGUGGGGGGGUGUAUAUGUAUUUAAAAAUUCUAUAUACACAAAUUUUAGGCUGGUUUAGUCAGACUCUGUGGUGCCUUAGCAGUGAAGCUGGUAUGAGUCACAUGCAGUUAGAAGUAGGAUAGCUCUGACUCACCGGCGUGCUGCCCACCAGCUCCUCGCCGAAGAGAUGCCAGACAGCAGUUUUCCAUGACGGCUGGGAAGCUGCGAGGUUUCCCCCAAGGGCUGCCAUCCGCCUGAUGACGUCAAGGGUUUAUUCAAGCUGUGCGAGAGCUGCUGUGUAAAUUGGCGACCGGGCUGAAGUGCUGCGAGCUCGGAGCUGGAGUUCGGUUCCUUUGAUCCAGACUGGGUGGGUGUUCCUGAUGGAGGGGUGGGAAGAGCAUCAUCAUCCUGCAGAAACUUCAUGGUACGCAGGGACAUGUCUUUGGCAAGGCAGGUUUUGGGGGGGUUCCUAGCUGUCUCCCUUGAAUUAUCCUUCCACUAUUUGCAGCAAGACCACCAUGCAGGGUUUGUUUUUCUUGCUGUGACGUGGCCCUGUCGUGUCUGUGACCCGUUACACAUCUUGCACCCUUCAGACUAGCGUUACCAACUGCAUCGCUUCACCAAAACUUGGGUGGUUCCAGGUAUUGCUCCCUGACUGCAGGUUCUACGGGGCUCCCCUGCGUUGCAUGCCUGUCUGCCAUGGGCAGGGACACCCCUCCAGUGCUCUGGAGGCGUUGCACAAACACCUUAGAGCUGUUAGGUGUGACUUAAAUCCAAGAGGAAAAAGCUGCCUUUCGGGUUUCCUUGUGCUGGAUGGGGCCUCUAGUGAAGGACCGCUUGGAGAAGGUGGGUCCUGCAGAGCUGAGCUUUGCGCAAGUCUGCUGAGAUAUCUUCCCAAGUAGUCAGAGCGACAAAGUGGGGCUGGUGGCACGGUCUCGGGGUGGAUUUGGCCGCUUGUGAUAGCAGAGACGAGAUCUGCAGUGAAGGGAGAACGUUGGUUUGUGAAACUUUUCAGAUGAAGCCGUACGGUUUGCUUCACGCCGUGCGCUUGGGAAGCGUUUGCUUAGCUCAGGGCUGGAGACGCAGGCUGUGCAAGCUCAAGGGGCUGCGAGCACGGCCUUUCCGCCCAGGAUUGAUGGCUCUGCCGCUGUGUUUUAGUGUCGGCGAGGUUUGAAACGGUCGGUCGCAUCUCCAGGGAGCUCUAACUCUACUGGCCGCAGCCCCUCUUGGUCAGCAAACAGCAAAGCAGCGCGGCUGCAGUGGGAGAAGACCGAGUUUUCUGUGCUAAGGGAAAAAGGGAAUUCCUAGGGAUGUGCUUCCCAUCCCAAAGCUGGGAUGGGCCAUAACCACUGAGAGCACAGCUCCAUCUGCCCAAGCGUGCGGUGGGGACAGCCAGUAUGUGUAGCAGGAGUGAAUUCUAAAUCCUUUGCAUGGUUUUGCAUAUUACUUUGAAAACUCUGGCUCCUUUGCAGGCUGCCCUUUCUCUGAGUGGCUGUCCUACCAUAUCACACCCCGUCUGUCUUCCAUCAGCAUUAACGGAUACCACAGAAUUACCAAAAAUUGUUUUUUUCAGCUCUGUGGACUAAAAAAAAAAAAAAAAAAAAAGUUUUUUCAGCUUCUUUUACCUUCUCACCUAGUUUUCCCUGGUUCGUUACCAUGAACUACAAACCGGAUGUGAUUUCUGACGAAAGGGGCAGCUUGCCGCGUUUUGCUUCAUAAACAGUUCGGCGCCCCUCACGUUACUGCAAACAGCUCUUCCAAAGCAGCAACCACUCCAAGACAAGGAUCAACUGGAAAAUGGGUCUUCCCCCAUAGGUUAAGAGAUGGCAGGAUGCUCUCUGAGGGCUUCUGGUUUUGAGAUGUGACUUGUUGGAGUCUUCUGCACGUUUGGAGCAUCACACCCAAGCACUGUGAUCCCUUUUCCCUCCUGGGUGCUCUCAUGGCCCUCCCCAGAUUAUCUUGCAUGUUUAUCCUUAAAAUAGGUAUUUUUGCCUAUGCGAGGAGGUCAGACUGAGGAACUGAGCCAAGACCUCUGGAACCUGAGACCCUUUAACCACUUGAUCAUCAAAAUGCACAGGCGUUGUGCAGAUGUCUACCCAUGCUGUUCGUUCGUUCUUUCCCUCGUGGAGGAUAAAUGAAGGUGGAGAGGAGGUCAGGACCUUGAGCUCUUGUCUCACCAAGCUUGUUUCUCCACCUUCACAAAGCAGAAGAAGGAUCUUCUCACCUGUGACAAUUCUUGCUUUAUUGCUCUUUUCAGCAAUUGGGUUUUUUCGCCAGGAAAGGUUCAGAGUGAUGUCGUUCAUGGUGAAUUUGGGUUGGAAUACGUUUUGGGAAGCGGGAUGUUGCUAUAGGUUCCUGGCACUGUCAGUUUUCUGCAGCGAUGCGCUAUGACCGGCAGGUGAGUGAGGAUCCUUCGCAUACGCGAGCAAUACUGGAUAGCUGCUACCUGCCUCUUGGUGGUCCCUAGGCAUCUCACUUGUAGGGAAUUGCACCAAAGAGGACCAACUCCAUCCCAUAACGGGCUUUGGAUUUUCUAGAAAAAAACUGUAAUUUUCUUUACAAAUGCAAAGUUUUCUUGUUUGCAUGGAAAAAUCAAUGUAAACAUGGGGGGAAUCUUUAUGGGCUUUCCUUCCAUCAUUUGAUUGUAACGCUUUUGGCUCAAUCCCUCCUCUUUUUUCUAAAUUCAGUAUUUGCAGGAACUCUUACACCCUGGUAGCAUGUGGGCAGAGGGGAGGCUAGCAGAGCUCCAUCCAAGUGUCCCUUGGAGUCCUUGGUGAUCUUUCUGGUUUCCCUCUGUCCGGAAAACUGUGAUGGUUGAAAUGCUGCAUUGCAAGGUCCAGCUCAAGAACAAAUUCCUCGGGAGAUUUAUCCUUCCAAUUGUGGCCCGUUUUCAGCUGGAUCUGGUGGGGGGGACAGUCAGUGUGCUGUAAUUCUGAGCAGUGGUUCAGGUGCCUUCAGUCUGUCCUUUACAAAGCUCUUCACUGUGAAUUAUCUCGAUCAUCUGUCUUCGUAUAUAUUCUACAGAAGCAUCUCAGCUCUCAGUUUAAGUCUCAGGAGUUUACGCUUUUCAAGAGUGCCUCGUUUCAGGAUUUUAGAAGCUAAAAUCUCUGAGAUGAUUUUUUUUUUUCCUGCUCUUCCAUUUAAUUUUCUUAAUCUCCUUCUUUGGCUUUUAAUGGUGGUUCUUCAUUUGGCUCGCGGUGGUUUUUUGAAGACCUCCUCUGGUACAGAAUUAGCCGGGAGAACGCAGGUAACGAACGUGUGUUCUGGGCCGUUGCCGAGUUCCAGCCGUUACAUUAGCUGGGGUGCAAAUCUCGCAGUGCUUUUGUUGUCCGUAGAUCUGUUUGUGCGAUGAAAAUGAAGCUGGAAUGACACCUAGUGGCAAAUUGUAGUGUGUCCUUGUCCAAGCACAGCCCUCUUCUGCUCACCUGCUCGCUCUUUCUGGGUGAGAUGCUCUUCCAAAGGGGAAUCUGGGUUUGGUGUCCUGGACCACACCUGCAGUCCUAGAUGUCCUUUCUCAUCCUGGCACCGUUUUCUCCUGUACUGAUCCCAAAGAGCAGCGUUUUUAGCCCACAAAGGGAUGAGCACGAGUCCACGUGACCCCACUGGAAGGGGAUGCUCAAUGGUGGGGAAAAGCCGUGUGCGGUCAACCCACCAGUAUCUCGAGGAGAUGCUCACCAGCACCCUGCCUUGGGGGGACCUCUUGGGGGACACUAGGAGAAAGCAAAGCCUAAAGAUGCUGCGGCUGGAAUCGGUACGUUUGGGACUUUCUCCCAUCAUGAGACACGAUGGAGCAGCUCGGGGUGUUGCUUCCCUGUUUCAGGGAAAAGCAGUUUCAAGGAGUAGAGGGAAUUAUGGAUGGUUGUCUUUUGGAACUUAGCUGUACUGUGUAAAACCAUCCCAUCAUUUGUCCUGGAGUUUGGCUGCUCUCUUGGGGAGGAGAAUUAUGGCUUCAAAGAAUGUGGCCUGUUGAUUCCUUGAUUAUUUUUUGAGGGUUAUUGGAGACAAAUGUGAAAGGCUCUUCCAGAAAUAACAUUAGGUGGUCUACAGACUUGUUCAGCUUUGCAUCCAGAUUUUUUGAGUACGUAAUGUAUUUUUCUAUGGAUUUUGCUAAACCAGCAAUUACUUGUCCAUGUUUGAUUUACUUCUUACCCCUCUCAGGCUUCCAAAAAACUAACACAUCAACCCGGUGGCGGUAUAAACUCCCCUUCCUUCAAUCCAGAAGUCGUCUGUCCUGCUUAACACUGAGAUCGUGAUAGCAUCCAGAUGCUCCUGCCAGCUCCUGGACUGCCUUGUUCUUGGAAUCGUACAACAGACGUGAGGGACGGCUUUGUAGCCUUGUGCUGAGAGUGAGCCCGGGCCGAAGCGCUCUGACCUGCUGGCUUCGGUAGCGAUGUGGAAACCAGCUGCAGUGUAGGGCCUGCCUUACGUGUUUGAUUUGGAAAUGAUAAACCCUUUGGAAUUUGGAUAUUUUCUUCUUUUAGGUGUUUUCUGCUCUGGUAAUUCACGUUCAUUCUUACACCCUGCUCCGUUUCUCAAUCCUGUUUUCUCCCCGGCUGCUUGGCUGAAGCACUAAUACAGUCAGCUUUUACGUCGUGCACGAACUGGAAUAGGAAUCGUGGUUAACUCAGCUGCCGGGCAGGAUUUGGCUCUGCAGGAGCCGUGCUGAGUCCUGGAGCAAGGUGAAACAUCUGUAGGGUGCCGUGCAGGCGGGGGAAGGGUCCCUUUGAGGACCCUGCAGCGCAGGCUCAGCUCAAGAUGAUCUUGUACAACACAGGACAGCGAGUGCCUCUUGUUAGGCUGCGUGGGGCCAUAGUCCUGUUUUAAGUGACGAUACUAAAGAUUGGGAGGGUUUGAGGUUGGGUAAAUUAAUGCAAAGCAACCCUGGGAUUGGCUCGGGGGGGGGGGAUCACGGUUGCAAACUGUUCUCUGGCAGCAGCGCAGUCCAGAUGAGCCCUUGGAUUUGCAGGGAGGGUGGUUGUGUCCCGGCCUCUCACCAGAUCGGCUUUGUCCCGAAAAAUCUCGCCACGUGCCUGUACCCCUCGGUGCCGGAUACCCAGCCCCAAGUUGCCUGCACCACUCUCGGGAAGUUUUUGGUGCUUUUUUUUUUUUUUUUUUUCCUGACCACUCGGUGCCCUUUUUCAGCCUGGAUUAAGAACGCAGCUCUUGGGUGCUCCGGAGACAGGUGCCUACAUCUCAGCUGUGCCUUACUGCAGUAUGUUUGCAAAAAAAAAAAAAUCAAAGCAGCAGGGAUACACGGUGCAAACGGCGUCGCGGAGCUCGGUACCUUCUACCCUCAGUGUCCCUUGUGCUGGAGGGAGCACUGGGGCUGCUGCCUGCCUGACAUGCCGCUUUUUCCUUCUCCCGCCGUCCCCCCCGCGCAGUAACACUGUAGAUCCCUCCUGUGCGUGACGGGCGAGCUACUCGCCACCGUCGCAAAUAACGUUGCACUGUGUUUGUCUGCUGAACGUGGAAGAGAUCCACGACCCCGACGAGGUGCCUUAGGAACGAGUAGCUCCGAGCACGCCCAGAUGCCGUGGGUUUUCCCGUUGCUUUUUGCUACGGAAAGACGCCUCCUGGGAGCCAUUCGGGACCGGUGGUUUUCCAGCACUUGCUGUUAUUUUUGGUCACCAAAUUUCCGGUGCUCCGGCUCGUUAGUCUCCUAACGGGGCUGUUUUGAGAAGCGUCCAGUUCUGUGACUUGCCUUUUGAGUCCUGCCUUUACGCUAAGGACUGUCUCGUAGGAUGAGGUCUGAACCAUUGUAAUUAGUCUGUAAUGUGAUGAUUAGAGUGUACAGAAUUAUUUAUUUUGUGUACUCAGUCUGCUAAACGUGUAAAUGUAUUCUGUGUACCCCAUCGCUCUGCUGUCGUUACUUCUCGAUUUGCUGAAAGGCGACGCUGCAUCACUCCGUGUGAGUGAUGUCAGUAAACACACCGAAAGCCAGGAGCUGCCAAGAAGGUACCGAAGUGCCCGUAAACGGGUUUGCUGGUUUCUUUAAGGCAGCUGCCAGGCCGGGAGCUGCCUGAGGGAAACCUCGUGCAGGGCUGGGAUGCCCACAGGGCUCCUCGGGGUGAGUCGGGCAGUCUCACUGGCAGGCAGGGUUCGGAGGCUGAACAAGCACUUUGGGACGUUUUCUUCACUUUUUGUUGGCUGCAAAGUGGCAAACGGCGCCGGAGGAAUACCUUGGUUUGCCCACAGCAACUCAUCACCUCUCCGGUUUCACUCUGAGCAAGAGGAAAAGCUGUAACACCAAGUGAAAAACGCGUACCCCUUCUGAACCAGGUCACCUCCAGUGGUGACGGGCACGACGGUGACCUGAGCGCACAGAGCAAAUGGCCCGUAGUGCUGCGGUUCGUUCAUUCCUGUUUGAAGCUCCACGUGGCCGCUAGUUUCUCUGCUCUUACGGUCCAUCCCCACAUCUCUGACAUCCAGCUGUCUUUAAGGUCGUUUAGGAGCUCGCUAAAGCCAAAAGAGGAGUGAGGAGUGCUGCUUUCAUGUCACGGGUCUUAUUUCAGGUACAACGGAGUGAAAGCACGCUCCACGUGUCGUGGCGGACCAGUGGGCCGGUGUGUACCUAGUGCGGCUGCUACCGCCGGCCUCAGGGCAGAUCAGCAAGGGGCUCAGCCCCGGGCCCUUCUCCCCCGUAUCGAGGAUUUCCACCACAAAGGAGCCCGAGCCAGCAGCUUCGUGGGUUUCUCCGCAAGCCCCUGUUCCCCCGUGUCAGUUUGCUCCAGAUGCUCCUGCUUCCUGCAGAGCAGACCACUCAAUGAAGCUGAAUUUUAUCCAACCAAACUAAAAUUUGUAUUUGAGCAGCUUUUUUUUUUUUUUUUUUUUGACUCAAGCGUACGGGCCAGACUAUUUGUCUUUACCCUCCAUUCGUGAUCUCUAGCCCUUCCCAUGAGCAUGUCUCCGUGUAGCAUCGCACUUUCUCUGCGGCUGCUUGGGCAUGAGAGCGAUUACAAGGUUUGGGGGCUGUGAUUCACGCAGCAAAGGUUUUAUACCGCAUUGGCAUCACUGGUAAGGAAAAAAAAAACCCUGAUGCCUCGUGUUGGGUCAGUCUGAUCCUGCUCCUCUCCACACUGUCCUCGUGACCGGCUCUGUUUGGAGCUGCCAGGAACCAGGUUUUAAUUCACCGACCACGUGUGAACAAAAGACUUACUGAUGUUUUUUGCACCUGCUGGUGUCUCAAGAACCUGUUUGGGUGAAAAUGCUGCUUUCUUCUGAAAACCUGUUGCCUGGCCUUGAAUUUUGUUUUCAGCCUCAAAUUUUCCUUUGGGAUGGCCUUGAUUUUCCCACUCUGUUACCUGGCAAACCUGCGCUGGUGAAGCAGCCGGCUGUUCUCCAGCUGCCGCCUUCCCCAAGAGCUGGAGCUGCCAUUGGCACUCCUCCCCUUCAGCUCCAUGUUCCCAGGCUGGUCACAAGUCACAGCUUUAAACUGCAGGCAGGGAUCUCGUGAGAUCCUGUGUGCCCUCCAGCACCCACCCUCCAUCACAAGCCAAGAAGCGCUCGCUCGUGCCAAGCCUGGUGAGCCCUGCCAUCCCUUUUCUGGAGGAGCUGAUGCUGGUGGGACCAGCUGGAGCCAGAGACCUCGUGCCUGGGUUGGUGGCAAGGCCAUUACAGGUAUCGUCACCCACCCUCGACGCUGCGGUGGGCUCUGGGCUGGUGCCGGGGUGUAGCUCUGGGUGCUUGAUGACCCCCUGAGCAGCCCUUGGGCCGCAGCCAGCCCUGCGCCCCCCCGUCCUGCCUUCUGUGCCUCCCCAGUGGGUCCCAGCUGGGCACCGAGCUCCAGCUCGGGGAGGUGCUGGGGUGCAGGAGGG